CUUUGCACUUUUUACCUUUAGACCAGUUUUGUAGAAGUCUGAGAGGAUCAGCGAUGAGCUUCACAGCAGCAGCGGGCGGAUUUGUUGUCGGUCUUCUCUCUUUGUCAGUGGUUGGAGGUCAGAGUAACUGGGGAGAGACUGACUUGACUCAGGUCUGUGCUGUAGAGGGAGGAACAGUGGAUCUAACUUGUGACUACAAAUACCCACACACAACAAAUCAUCAGACUACAAGAGUUAUGAAAGAACUGUGGUUUACCAAAGAGGGUAAAGCACCAGUGGAUCUCAGAACAGACUCAAACUACACAAACCGCUGGUGGUGUGAUUGUAAUGAGUAUGGCUGCAUUUUGAGAAUCACCAACUUGAAAAAGUGUGACUCUGGAAUCUACAAAUAUAAGAUUAGAACAAAUCAUCCGGCUGGAGUUUGUCUGCAGGCCAUCCAGCUGUCUGUCACAGAUCUCCGGGUGGAAGUGACCAAAUUGCACAAGACAAGGGGUUCAAAGAGCGUUGAGCUAAAUUGUCAACACAGUUGCCCUCCUCAUCGUGUUUACAUGUGGUUCAGCAACGGGCGCGUCAUGAUCAGAGAAACAUCUUCAUCUGUGUUCGUACCAUUUCAGUCUACGGACAGAUUUUCCUGUGCUGUGAGAGGAUUCGAAAACAUCACCUCUCCACCAGUGUACGGGUUCAUGUUUUCUCCUCCAGAUGCUCCAAACCGUCCUGUUGUUGCUGUGAGCCCCUCUGGUGAGAUCAUGGAGGGCAGCUCCGUGGCUCUGACCUGCGGCAGUGAUGCCAGCCCAGCUGCGACGUACACCUGGUACAAGAGGGAAUCCUUUAGAAACAUCAGUCAUGGUGCACAGCUCAACUUCACUUCCAUCCAGCCCUCCGACUCCGGAGGGUAUUACUGCACAGCUGAAAACAAGCUGGGAGUGAAGAGGUCACAAUACACACAUAUUGAUGUGGAAUGUGCUCCAACCCUUCUUUCUGUCACGAGUGGAGGGAGGACGCAAAGCAGAGCAAGUGUGUCUCCAGGAUCAGGGAAAUACAUUGCUGUUGGAAUGAUUGCUGCUGUCCUCCUGACUGUUGCAUUCGCCACUGUAUUCCUGUGGAUUCGUAAAAAGGGAGUUCUGAAGGAAUCAUCAGAGCCUGAAGACAGACCGGACAACAUGGGUCAGAGGCUGCCUGAUGCUGCACAGCCAGAGGAGCAGUUUCACCUUCACUACGCCAGCAUCCACUUCAUUAACAACCAGACAGACCCUCCUCACUGCAACAUGAGAGCAGAUCAGACUCACAGAAACAUGAAGGACGAGGAUCUUACAGAAUACUCUGCUGUCAAACUGAAGAAUGCAGCCCUGAGAAACAAGAACCAGGAUGUCCGACAAGAUCCGUCUGAACUGUACAGCACAGUCAACAAGGCCAGAGGAACACAAUGACAAUUUCUAACCCAACCUCACCUGAUGUGUGUCAACUUUAUAUGGAUGUAAACCUGAUAAAUAUUGAUCCAUUCGUCCCUCAGACUGUCAGUCCAUCCAUCCACCUUAAUCCACCUUAAUCCUUUGUUCUCCCCAUCUUCUAUCCAUCAUCCAUUAUUAUUUAUCCAUUUAUUGAUAGACUGUCCAUCCAUCUGUCCACCCAUCACCCACCCAUCCAUCAACCAAAGUGCAGGUGAGGAUGAAUCAGGUCUGCACAGAUCCUCUAAAGUGUUUGAACUGGUGCACACAGUCAAAGUGCAUGCAGGUAAUUAUCUGGAAGACCACCUUGAACAUAUAUUUGUAGGAACACAGCAUCAUCUGUCCUGUAUAUUGAACUCUGUGAAGAACCUGCUAUUGCAUAAAGAUGCAUUUUGUUGUUUGGUUCUCUAAAAUGUUUGUAAAAAAUUAAUGUGUCA